AAAACAACCACAGAUUCAAAGCCUUGCAGCUCUGCAUUGAGAGCCUCAGCACAGCCGCGUGCUCAGCACCAGUCAGUGGUGAAUCCGAAGCCAGCAAAGGGAAGUGACUGUGGCGCUUGGACUCUCCAAGUUGGUGCCUAAGAAGAUGAUAAUCAAAAGAAUGAGUUACUUCUACAUGACCAGCUUUGGGCUUCUCUUCCUGAUGAAUAUUCCCCCUGAAACAACUGGCCAAGGGGAAUCAAGACGACAAGAGCCUGGGGAUUUUGUGAAGCAGGAUAUUGGCGGACUCUCUCCCAAACAUGCCCCAGAUAUUCCCGAUGACAGCACUGAAAACAUCACUAUCUUCACCAGAAUCUUGGAUCGUCUUCUGGAUGGCUACGACAAUCGGCUGCGACCUGGUCUUGGAGAUGCAGUGACUGAAGUGAAGACUGAUAUCUACGUGACCAGUUUUGGCCCUGUGUCAGAUACUGACAUGACUCUCAGCAAUUUGUUAAAUACAAAAAUGAAUGAGAUGGGAAAAAUUAAAUUUGAGGAGAAAAUUAUAACUGUGUUCCUCCAUUUGACUAAAAGUUCUUCAAAGGUGGAAAGCAUGUUAGGUACAUUUCUGUAUCUCCAGUACGUAGCACAGGAAUUGACACAG